AUGCCUCAGCUCACACCGGAAUAUGUGAGCCAGAGUAAAGGGCCCCAGAUUUUGGGGACGUUCUGGGCAUUCUUCAUCGUGAGCCUCCUCAUGGUUUCUGCGAGGCUGUACAUUCGAGCGAGGAUGUUGAGGAAUACCGGACCAGAUGACUACAUUAUUGUAGCGUCAAUGGUCCUACUGGCAGGAUACACAACGGUCACAACCGUGAACGUCCACCUGGGCUACGGAACUCAUGCCGCAGUAAUCGAACAAAAAGGUGGCGAAGCCCUACUAGAGAACAUCCUACUCAUCAAUUACAUCGAUUUCACAUUGGGAAUCAUGUCUUUUACGACACCGAAACUCGCCAUCGCCGCUCUGCUGAACCGCAUCUUGAACCCGAGUAAAUGGCAGCGCGUGAUGCUUUGGUUCCUGACGGGGCUGGUCUUCGUGGCGUCGACUAUCUGCAUAAUCGUCCUCUUCACCAUGUGCAAUCCUCCCAAGUCGCUAUGGUUGAUUUCGAUGCAAGUCAACGAAGGCGCAACUUGUCGCCCGAUUUCGAUUCUUGUGGACUAUGCCAUCUUCACGGGGGCUGUAUCCGCCUUCGUCGAUCUAUUCCUUGCCUUCUACCCGACGAUUGUAUUGAUAAAGCUACAAAUGACGCUGAAAAAGAAGUUGGCUCUGUGUGCGGCUUUGGGAUUGGGUGCCGUUGCUUGUGCGAUGGCCAUCGUCAAGUGUUUGCAGUUGCCAGGCCUCGCCGAUGAACAAGAUCCGACGUAUGGAACGGCCGACCUCGUUAUCUGGACUGCAAUCGAAUCCAACAUCAUCAUAAUCGCUUCCUGCAUCCCAACCCUCGGCCCCGUCUACGAAAUGAUCCGCGGCAAGCGCUCCUGGAGCUCCCACCAGCGGUACUACAAAAGCAGCAACCAGCUGCGCUCCUCGUCUGCAGACCACGGCGCAAGGAAGCCGAACUAUGUCGUGCGCAAGCCCCAUGACGACCUAAUGACCACCAACAUCGGCGAGACCAAGGACGGCAGCCAGGAGAGUAUCCUGCGGUCGGAGGAGUUCCAGAACGGCGGCCAUCCGCUGGCGGAGAUUCGGCGCACGGAUAAUGUCACUGUAGAAUAUGAGCGGUCGCAGGAGGUGCAGAAGCCGCCUGCGUCGUGGUAUCCUUAA